CCGAAGUGGAGCCGUAUGUUGUAUGCCCGUGCAAGGAGGAAGGCGAAGGGUGUUGAGACAGCGCCCCUCUAGCCUGGUGCUCGCCAGCCUUCUUGCUCUUUUUGAGGUGGUUGCUCCCCUCGUUCACGGGCGCCAUUAUGCUGCCUUACAGCCGAAGCAGGAGGCGGAGCCGGAAUCCGCUUCUCGCUUUCUCCCCGCCUCAUGCCCCGGCUUCUCUUCCACUCUCUGCCCGGCUCCUGCUUUCGUCGCUGUUCGGCGGGAAGCGCCGUUUGCUGAGGAGCCAGGGAGCCGGGCGCCGCUGGGCGGAGUUUGUGCUGUUUGUCAACAUGGCAGUUCCUUUUGUGGAGGAUUGGGACUUAGUACAGACCCUUGGAGAAGGUGCUUACGGAGAAGUUCAGCUGGCUGUGAACAGGCGCACUGAAGAAGCGGUUGCAGUAAAAAUGGUUGACAUGAAACGUGCUAUAGAGUGCCCAGAACAGAUUAAGAAGGAGAUCUGCAUUAACAAAAUGUUAAAUCACGAGAAUAUUGUGAAGUUCUAUGGACAUCGGCGAGAAGGCACUAUUCAGUAUCUCUUCCUAGAGUACUGCAGUGGGGGAGAACUCUUUGACCGAAUAGAGCCUGAUGUAGGAAUGCCUGAACCAGAAGCACAAAAGUUUUUCCACCAGCUUAUAGCUGGUGUGGUCUACCUCCACAGUAUAGGGGUAACACAUCGGGAUGUUAAGCCUGAGAAUCUGUUGCUAGAUGAAAGAGAUAACCUCAAAAUCUCAGACUUCGGGCUAGCAACUGUAUUUAAAUACAAUGGUCGUGAGCGAUUGUUGAACAAGAUGUGUGGCACACUCCCAUAUGUCGCCCCAGAGGUCCUGAAAAGAAAAGACUUCCAUGCUGAGCCAGUUGAUGUUUGGUCAUGUGGAAUAGUUCUCACUGCUAUGUUGGCAGGAGAAUUGCCAUGGGACCAACCUGUUGACACUUGUCAAGAAUACUGUGAUUGGAAAGAGAAGAAGACCUAUCUUUCACCAUGGAAGAAGAUUGAUUCAUUGCCACUUGCUCUACUCCUCAAAAUAUUAACUGAUGACCCAAUGUCCCGGCUUACUAUUGCAGACCUAAAAAAGGACAGAUGGUACACAAAACCUUUAAAGAAAGGCAUAAAGCGGCCUCGUGUCUCCUCAGGGGGACUUUCUGAUUCUAAGCACAUUCGAUCAGAUAUGGACUUCUCUCCAGUGAAAAGUGCACACAGUGAGGAAAAAAUGACCUGUUCAAAUUCCCAGCCUGAACCGGGCACUGGUCUUUCUUUAUGGGAUAGCAGUCCAGCCGGCAUCGACAAGCUAGUACAAGGGAUCAGCUUCUCUCAGCCAGCCUGUCCUGAACACAUGCUGCUAAACAGCCAACUACUAGGCACACCAAGUUCUUCCCAGAACUCGUGGCAGCGCUUAGUGAAGAGAAUGACCCGUUUCUUUUUGAAGCUGGAUGCUAACCAGUCUUACCAUAUCCUGAAGGAGGUGUGUGAAAAGAUGGGCUACAUCUGGAAGAAGGCCUGCACAAACCAGGUCACCAUAUCAACUACAGAUAGAAGAAACAACAAACUGAUUUUCAAGGCAACCCUCUUGGAAAUGGAUGACAAAAUUCUUGUUGACUUCCGCCUUUCUAAGGGUGAUGGUUUGGAGUUCAAGAGACAUUUCCUGAAGAUCAAGGGGAAACUAAGCAAUGUUGUCAGCACUCAGAAACUAUGGCUUCCGGUCACAUGAUAGCAUUGUGGUUGAGAGCAGUUCCAUUUUGAUUCAGUUGUUUCUGCUAAGGAACAGUUAUGCUGCCAUACCCUGAACUUCAGACAUUUAGUGGAAAUCUUUUUUUGGUUUUCAGGUGCUGGGUAUUCAAGUUAUCUGCAUAUGAUAACAGGCAAUAACUUUUGUAAAGGUGCACAUUUGCAAAGUUUUGCUGGGGUAUCCCUUAAUUAUGAUAAUGAGAGUCAUGUGUGGCUUAACUUAGUUCACAUUCUUGACUUUAAUUCUUUUUUGUAGGUCAUUCAAGAUGCUCAUCCAGAUAAAGUAGAACAAUUGCAAAAUAAUUCAUAUUGAAGUUGGGGGAAAGGUGCUACUUUCUAAAAUGUAACAUGAGAUAUCGCACCCCUUUGACAGCCUUGUUUUUUUUAGAUCUAACCAACAGUUUAUUUUAUAUAAAUAUGACUGGUGUUAUAGAAAUUUAGGGUCUAAAAUGAGGUCCUUAUCAAACAAUUUUGUUCAGUUUAUGAUUUUGUUUCACUACUGUCAAGGACUUCUGAAUGAAGCUAUAUAAUUCCUGCAUGUUGCUUUAGAUUUAUGUUCAUGCUACCCUAGAGAAAAAAUAGAACACAACGGUUAUUUUUAACACUGUUGGUUCCCAUUUUAAUUUUUUUCUAUUUUCAAGGCAUAAUUGUCUCUCUCUCCCCCCCCCCCAAGAUCUGAUCAGACCUGUUGAGACUCUGAAACAGAAGUAUGUGAACCAGAUUAGGAACCUGUGGGUCCAACUACAUUUGUAGGACCACAACUCCCAUCAGCUCCAGCCAGCAUGAUCAGUAGUCAGGGAUAAUGGAAGUUGUAGUCCAAUAACAUCUGGAGGGCCACAAGCUCCUCAUCCCUGGUGUAAACAGAGGUGUAAUGGAUUAAUUGUUAUUCCAGCUGCACACUUUUCCUUUCUUUGUUCGUUACAUAUGGCAGAUACCUCAUUCAUUUUCAUGCAGCCCAGUCCUAUUUUUAUUAAAGAGACAGCAACUUUGUUUCAGACUGGUUAUACUUAAAUGUACCAUUGCAGACACACUGCAGGGGUAGCCAACACAGUGCCCACCAGAUGUUGUUGGACUGCACUUCUAAUCAUCCCUGACCAUUGGCCACGCUGGCGAGACUGGAGCAGCAACUGGAGGACACUGUAGUUGGGUACUACUGCACUAGAUAAUAAGACGAGACACAAACCUAAUUUCUGACCAUACUUCUGACUCGUCAUGCUUUCAUCUACAAAUGUGAAAUUUUAAGUGUCUGUAAAGAAAAUAAAACAAUUUAGAAAAUAAAGUAUCUCAAAUGCAAAGAA